GUUUGCUUGGGUGCAGACCCCUGCGUCAGUCUACUCCUAUAUGUGGGGAGAAAGUAUAAGUCGAAAGUCUGGGCCGUUCAUGGGAUAUCUGUGAUCUCGCAGGACACGAAAAUGUUCUACUAGCUAACUCGCUCCCAAACCUUCAUUUCUCUUUCCGCCAUGCCCUGAUCCCAGCCGAUGUGCCAGGAACUGUUGGGUGGCCCAGCUCCUGAUUUAGGCAUGACAAUACUGGGCUGUAACUCUUCGUUGGGAGCCAUAGCAAACUAGCAAUGGCCGCCGGAGCGGGUUACAAGCAAGUUCCGUCGACAUCCGCAUCAGGUCUUCGUAACGAGAUAGAAUCCCACGAGUUGGAAGAAGACCCGCACCUUCAGGAUGUGGAUGUCGAGCAGCAAGAGAGACUGUUGCCGGAUAAAGAAGAUGGCGAAACCAGUGAUCACGACAAUGAUCUCGACAACAAUCUCAAACGGGACAACACUCAGCUCCGGCUUGCUUGGAUUUUGACCUCAGCAGGACUGCUUGUGUUGCUCUUACUCGCGGUUUUCCUGAGGAUAUCCAUCCGCGGUAGGGGAGGGGAUGGUGAUUCAGGAGACUUUAGGAGGCCAGCAUCAGACUACAUCCUAGAUGCGGACUGGAACUUCGGCGCCUCUCCACAAGUCCGUGAAUACCAUUGGACUAUUCAAGAGAUCGUGGCCAAUCCCGAUGGAGUCUUUCGGCCCAUGUUGACCGUCAACGGGAAGUUCCCUGGAGAAAUGAUACGAUGCAACGAGGGGGACACCAUAGUCGUCAACGUUGAGAACAAGGCUACCAACGCGACAUCGAUGCACUGGCAUGGUCUCUUCCAGAAUGGGACCAACUGGAUGGAUGGGACCCCUGGCGUCACACAGUGUCCCAUCGCACCCGGGGCCACCUUUCGAUACGAGUUCACAGUCGAGGGGCAAACCGGAACCUAUUUUUAUCAUGGACACCAGGCUGCCCAAGGCCUGGAUGGCUUAGUAGGACCAAUAAUCAUCCAUGGGAGGGAUGAGAUUGAACGGCGUCAGAUCCCCUAUGCAUCAGACCGCGUUAUCAUGCUUCAGGAUUGGUACUAUGACCCCUCAAGCGGGCUACUCAAGGAAAAGCUGUCGCCGGGGAGCGAAUCGUCACCAACCCCCAAUGGCGUAUUGAUCAACGGGGCCAACAAGGUUGACUGCGCUCUGCACCCUUUGCGGCGUUGCGACUCGUCGUCAGCCUCACUUGCGACUCUGGAUCUGCAACCGAAUGAGAACCACCGCCUCCGGCUGCUCAAUAUUGGCGCCUUCGCCUGGUUCGAGGUCACUGUAGAUCAGCACCUUAGACUGCCAGUCAUUGAAGUGGACGGCACCGACAUCGAGCCUGCUCCGCAAGCCAGCACUCUCGUCGGACCGGGACAGCGGUACAGCAUCGUGCUUUUCGCCAACUCGUCCAGCGCGGAUUCCUUCUGGUUCAGGGCGAGGAUGCUCAAGCAUUGUUUUGGCGAGAACGUCCUUCCAGAAGACGGCUUUGACGAGGCAAAAGCGGUGCUUCGAUACUCCUCGAGUUCCUCGCCAGAGGAUCCUGAACGGUUGGCGCUUCCCACCACCGAAAAUGAUAGCGGCAGCUUUGCAACCGAGUGCAAAGACACGGGGCCGGGCUUCUACAAGCCGAUCCCAGCAAUAGCCGCACCUGAGUAUGCACACCACUCCUGGUAUCUGCGGGUCAACCUGGGGAUUGGUGACUGGCGUCUCGAGAGGGGCCAUCUCAACACCUCGUCCUUCCGGCCCAACCUCAAGUCCCCCACGCUGCACCGCGUAGUCGACGGAUUGGCAUCCAAGAACGAGUCGUUCCAGCUGUCAGGGGUGAACAACCGAGCAUUCGAUCCCGAUACCGAGCUGGUCAUCGGCCAUAACGGGAUCGAGGUCGUUGACAUCAUACUACAGAACUUCGACGAAGGGAACCAUCCCCUCCACCUCCACGGCCACAAGAUAUCCGUCCUCGCAUCCGGCCACGGUUACUUCCCAGGGUACGCCAGCCUCGGACUGGCCCCCGAGGGUAAGGGCCUCCUAGACCCCCAGAACUCGUCCAUCAUAGACAACCCGCUCCGGCGCGACGUGGCCACCGUCGAAGGAUUCGGCUGGCUCCUGAUCCGCUUCGUCGCGGACAACCCGGGCCUCUGGCUGUUCCACUGCCACAUGGUCUGGCACGGCGAGUCCGGCAUGGCCAUGCAGUUCCUGUCGCGGCUCGACGUGCUCAAGGACUGGGCGAUACCGGAGGCGAACCUGGGCCUCUGUGAGUCUAGCGUCGAAGAGCUUGAAAAGGGGGCCGCGCCGAAGGACAGUAUCUGGUAUGGCGGCUCAUCCUGAGGUGGCGGUCAAGGGGCCUCCCGUGAUUUCCAAUAUCUGAGAGGAAUACUUGUGAAGGGUCGUCUGAUUUGGGCAAUGCAAAUCUAAAUGUAAC